UACAUUUUUUUGAAAAUUCCAUUUUAUCAUUCAUUCUUUAUUUGUUUUUCAUCAAUUUUUUUAAAUAAAUUAACAGUAUCAUAAAAUGGUUACAUGUACAAUCUAAAGGUAUACAACAAUGUUUAGUGUUCAAACAAAAUCCACUUCAUAACAUGAGAAUCACGAAAAUCUUAUCCUAAUUAUUUCCUAAUCAGAAAAAUAUUUACUCAAAAAGAUAAAAUACUAAUUAUAAUUCGGAAGGUACACAUUAGGAAGGUCAACAAUGAAAUCAUUAUAAUUUCUAAUUAAAUUCGCAUUAUUUUUGCUUGUGUCGUGUGGUUUAGUAAAUAAUUAACUUCUGAACCCAAGCUCUUGGCUCAUGGCUCUCCGACCAAUUUUUUAUUCCUGUUCAACUGGCAACACUCAAAAAAGACUAUUCAGCUUGCACAAAUUGUCAGAACAGCACCAACAGUUGAAAAAAACCUGCCGAGACUUUGCUAAAAAGGAACUUAGGCCAGUGGCCUCCCAGCUUGAUAAAACAGGAAAAUUUCCUUCUGAACAAAUUAAAAAACUAGGAGAACUGGGACUUUUAGGCAUAACUGCCGAUGAAAAAUAUGGUGGCUGUGGUGAGAGUACUUUAGGCAUGUCAGUGGCUGUAGAAGAGAUUUCAAAAGGCUGUGGUGGUACGGGGGCAAUAGUUUCCAUCCACAAUGCUCUCUAUGUCAAUUUACUUAACAAUUUUGGCUCUGAGGAGCAAAAACAGGCAUUUCUCAGUCCAUUUGUUUGUGGUAGACUGGGGUGCUUUGCUUUGAGUGAACCUGAUGCAGGGAGUGAUGUUAGUUCAAUAGCAACUACUGCCCAACUGGAUGGUGAUAAAUAUAUACUCAAUGGUCAUAAAUCAUGGGUCACAACUGGCAUAGAGGGUGAAGCUGCUGUUAUUUUCGCUACUGUUGAUAAAAAACUUAAGCAUAAAGGUAUUACAGCCUUCCUUGUCCCAGUGCCCACUGCAGGCCUAUGCAAAGGGAAACCUGAGGACAAAAUGGGCAUAAGGGCUUCCUCCACUUGUGAUUACUUCCUUGACAAUGUUUGUGUGCCAAAAGAUAAUGUCAUAGGUUUACCCGGGCAAGGCUUUGCCAUUGCCAUGAAACAGCUAGAAAAAGCCAGAAUAGGAAUAGCUUCGCAAGCCUUAGGGAUUGCACAGGCAGCUCUUGACUUAGCUGUCGAAUAUUCCAAGGAAAGAAAAGCUUUUGGACAACCCAUCAACAAACUACAGGCUGUCAAGUUAAGGCUGGCAGAAAUGGCUACUAGACUAGAAUCGGCAAGACUAUUAGUGUGGAGGGCAGCAGUGAUCUGUGAUGAGGCCAAAAGAAGUUCAAAAUAUAGUUCUAUGGCUAAGUUAGCUGCUAGUGAGGCUGCCACAUUUGUAUCUCAUGGUGCUAUACAAAUUUUAGGUGGAAUGGGAUAUGUAAGUGAUCUGCCAGCAGAAAGACAUUACAGAGAUGCCAGGAUAACUGAGAUUUAUGCGGGAGUGAAUGAUGUUCAAAAGCUGAUAAUUGCCGACAUGCUCCUCAAAGAAUAUAAGUGAUUUUCAAUACCAAGUUUUUAAUGGAGAAAUGGUUAUUCUAUACUGGUUUUACGGUGCCUAUUUAUUAUUAUUAUUGUCAUUAUCUAUUAAUAUGUUAUUUGAUUAAAUUUUAUAUUUAAAUUAAAUAUUUUUCCAUAUA